AUGGCAGAUCUAUUAUAUCCACACUAUUAUCCAUCUUUGGUACUUAGUAAUGUACCUUCAACUACGUUCUUUUCUUCAACUCUUAACAAAUUAUGUAUUCGUGUGAGACGUUUUGAAGAUUGUCUUGCUUUACUUGAUGGUCGUCUUAAACAAUUAACAAUAUUGAUUAUUGUUAUUGAAAAUAUGGAAUAUGCUUCAUCGAAUGUUUAA